AUGCUCAAUUCGACAAUUGGCGAGCAAGGAAAGGAAGGAAGGAACAAACGGGACGAAGAAUCGCAAAAGGUAAACCAGGAAAGGACGAAUGUCGAGAAGGGAGACGAAAAGAAAAAUAGAAAGCAGAAGAGGAGAGGAUACCAACACAACGAGGACGAAAGUAGAGGCGAGAUUUGCAAGGGAGGCCAGAAUAGGAGAAAGAGCGCGCGAACGACGCGAAUUAGGUUGAGACAGUAUGGAUUAUGGGUUGCGAGCAGAGAGCACACUGGCAAGUCCCGAAAUGACAAAGCGUGA